UAGUACGAUUCCGAGCACCGGACAGCGCGCUGGAGCCACGCCCCAUCCCCCGCCUCAUGGAUGUCUCAAUCCAGCAUCUCUGAGCAGCACUGACCACAGGAUUUGACCUCGCUGCACAGGAGGACGACAAGCGCAUCUGCUUGUAAUAUACUGGGUAAAGACCUAGAAUUAUUCAACUUAACCAUGGCGAACCGAGGACCCAGUUAUGGACUGAGCCGUGAGGUGCAAGAGAAGAUCGAGCAGAAGUAUGACCAAGACCUGGAGUCUCGACUGGUGGACUGGAUUGUCACUCAGUGUGGAGGAAAUAUAGAGAAACCACAACCGGGAAAGCAAAACUUCCAGAACUGGCUAAUGGAUGGCACUAUCCUCUGCAGACUCAUUAACAGUUUGUAUCCGCGUGGUAAGGAGCCUAUUAAGAAGAUCUCAGAGACUCAGAUGGCCUUUAAGCAGAUGGAAAAGAUCUCCCAGUUCCUGCAGGCAGCAGAAGCGUACGGAGUAAUAACCACAGACAUUUUUCAGACAGUGGACUUGUGGGAAGGAAAAGACAUGGCAGCCGUCCAGAGAACUCUAAUGGCCCUGGGUAGCGUCGCUAUUACAAAAGACGAUGGACUUUACCGAGGCAACCGGGACUGGUUUCACAGGAAAUCUCAAGGCAACCGGCGAGAGUUUUCUGAGGAGCAGUUGCGGCAGGGUCAGAAUCUGAUUGGCUUACAGAUGGGCAGUAACCGUGGGGCAUCUCAGGCUGGCAUGACUGGUUACGGCAUGCAUCGGCAGAUUAUGUAAAACUAUACUAGUGCCCAGCAACACCCAGAAGACCUUAAACCCCCUCCCCUCCAGCCCUCGCCAAGCAGUGUUCCUUGUUGGUGCAUCUAUUUGAUAAUGAAGAGCAGUCUUAGUAACGUCAGAAACUUAAAUAUAGAGGUUUUAAUAUAUUAGAGCAUGCUAGAUAUAUCUAUUUUAAGUUUGGCUUGCUCAGCUUGUGAUUAAAACUGUUUAUUUAUUUGUAAAUGUAUGCAAAGACCAUUUUAUCUAAGCAAGUCAAAACAACUGCCUUAUUCUCUGAGCAAACAGUGUUGAUAUACCAAAUAACAGACAGCAACUGUAACAGUCUACUAGUUUACAUAGUGUUUGAAUGUACACUAAAGGACAAAUGUUUACUGAUACUUGUUAUUGCUGGGUUAUUGCGAUCAGUUCUGUUUUCUAAUAAUGAAAACGUAAAGGAUGUCAAUGCACAUACUAACCAGAUGUACUGUAUGCAGAUUAAUAAUAGUCGUAAAUGUAGAAAUGUAUUUAUUUGUGUUGUUCAUCGUUGUUGUGUGUGAACAUUCCAUGUCAGUUUCAUAAUAAGCCUGGUUUUGGUGACCAUCUUUAAUGUAAAUGUUUAAUAAAUUGGUACCUUAACAUGAGGUUAAUCUGUUCUUGUUUGUAUUAAAAUAAAGUUAAGCCUAAAGAAUACUGUACAAUGUUUUAAAGGGAUAGUUCACCCAAAAAUGAAAAUUCUGUUGGUACUCUCAAAAACACACGGAGAAGACAUUGUUGAAUAAAGUUGUUGUUUUUGUUUCUUUUGCACACUAAAAUUAUUCUUGUAGCUUCAUAACAUUACGGUUGAACCACUGAUGUCACAUGGACUAUUUUAACAAUAUCCUUACUGCCUUUCUGGGCCUUGAGUGUGUCAGUUGCGUUGCUGUCUAUGCAGGGUGAGAAAGCUCUUGGAAUUCAUCAAAAAUAUCUUAAUUUGUGUUCCGAAGAUGAAUGAAGGUUUUACGGGUUUGGAACGACAUAUAACCUGGAUGCGCAGCCAUACUGGUGAUACUCAGAUGUAAACAACAGCAUGGAUUGCACAGUUUUUGUACUAAUAUGUUGUUCUGCUAAAUUGUGCUGUCCAAACCACAGGAAGCUCCUAAAUCAAAUAGAGAAUGACUUAGUAAGGGUACAGGAAAGGGUGCAAAAUUUAAAUAAACUAAAGUUAAUAGGUGGUAAGGAUAUGUACGAGCAGUAAUUAAGAUAUUAGCAUAAUAUUUCACCUACCUGACCAGAAAUGAUAAGAUGACAGAGUUUUCAUUUUUGGGUGAACUAUCACUUUAAGUAUACUUGAGUUUUCAGUAGACUUUUUAGAAUUAGUACAUCCUUUGCAGAUUA